AGCGUCAAUAUGCUCUUGUGGACGAAAUUGAUAAUAGUACUUCUACUUCUUCUUCGGUACUUCUACUUCGUCAGUACUUCUACUGACACGAGAGCUAUUUCGCGGGAACCAACUGUGGCAUUCAAGAAAUGUGUCUUCGGAGAAAAAUGCGUUCAACUCAAAGAUUGUUAUCCGAUUCGUAAAAUUUUGAAUGAGAAACACAUUUUUACAGAUCCUAAGAAGCAUAAACUGAGUCAAUUCAAGUGCGACGGGGAUAACGAAAACCCAUCGGUUUGCUGUCCAACAGCGGCAAACAAGCUUCCAACUGUGGACUCCUGCGGAUAUACUCCGAUUGAGACACGCAUCGUAGGCGGACAACCGACAACCUUCAAAGAAUUUCCCUGGAUGGCUCUGGUUCAGUACGAAAGGAUAUCGAUAUACGGAGUGGAAAACCGCUUUCGUUGUGGGGGAUCUUUAAUCAAUUCCCGAUACGUCCUGACUGCUGCUCACUGCGUGACCAGUGAAAGUUCAAAUGACGCUUAUAACCUUCGUGUGCGUCUGGGAGAAUGGGACAUAAAAGAUUGUCCUGACCAAUUGUAUAAAAUAAUUAAAUGCGCACGCCCUCACCUCGAUAUUAUGGUAGAAAAGACGAUUAUACAUCCCAAAUUCGCUAGGAAGAGAAAACGUUUCAUAAACGACAUUGCUCUCUUGCGACUUAAUAUGCCAGUCAGCUUUACGGAAGCUAUCAGUCCCAUUUGUUUAAAAAUGGUCGGAGUCGGAGUGACGUCGUAUAAAAGUCCAGAUGUGGGUCCCCAAUUGACGGUAGCCGGCUGGGGUAAGACGGAAACUGCCUUUAUGAGUUCAAAACUGUUGAAGACCGAUCUGAUGCAAAUGCCAUUAUCAAGCUGCUCAAAACAUUACGGGAGCUUGAAUGAAACAUUUUAUAUAUGUGCUGGCUCUAACCACGGAAAUGACUCCUGUAACGGUGACUCCGGCGGCCCACUAAUGAGCCGUUUGGGUGAAAAGACCUACUUAGCUGGGAUCACCUCUUUUGGUGCAACAGAAUGUGGAGCUCGUGAUUUUCCAGGUCUAUAUGUAAAGACGUUUCAAUAUCUCAAUUGGAUUGAAAGAAGUCUAAAGCCAUAAAAGAAAUAUAAGUCCCGGAUGAUUCCUUGACCACCCCAAAA